AUAUUUAUAUCUUUUUAUUAUUGAUAUAUUAUCUCAUUUUUAAUUGUAGCAACAAUAGAAAAGAAGAUAACUGGCUACAAGAUUUGAAGGAAAAGCCCUUCAAUUAGUCACCUCCGCUUUGCAGAUGAUUCCUUGUGUUUUGUCAAUCUAUGUCAGAAGAGGAACUUGUAGCGAUAUUAAUCGACUUAUCUGGGAGUUUUGGUGGGGACAACACAAUGAUGAAAGGAAAAUCUGUUGUGAAAGGAAGUCAAACUUCUUGGGCAUGGUCAAGCAUUUUAAAAGGAAGGGACAUUGUUCAACUCGGAGUAAGAUGGAACAUGGGCAAUGGUCAAGAUGUUCUGAUCUUUCAAGACAAAUGGAUCCCUGGAUUUAAGGUUGUUUCACCCCCUGGCACUUAUUCUCUAUUUUCUCAUGUUUGUGAGUUGCUUGAUGAUUAUGGGGAAUGGGAUAUUACUAAGUUAAAUGCAUGCUUCAGUAGUGAGGAAUGCCAAGAAAUUCUUAAAAUCCCUAUUGGGGCUGGUUUUGAUUCGCUGGUAUGGCACCUUGACAAAUAUGGGAGGUUUUCUAUUAAAAGUGCUUAUCUCCUUGCUUUUAAUACUAUUCAUGAACCUAGUAUGGAUAGUAAUAACAUGCCCCUUUCUCCUAUUGAAUGGAAGCACUUAUGGAAACUCAAAGUGCCCCCUAAGGUUAGAGUGUUUAUGUGGAGAGCCUUUCUUAACUCUUUACCUUCACUAGAUAAUUUAGUGAAAAGCAGAAUUGUGCAAGAGGUUAUUGCUUGUAUUUCAUGUAUGAUCCAAAAGUACUCUUCUCCAAACAAGAUGCAUUUGUUGGCUUCUCCCUCUAAAUCUUGGAUAGUUGGGAAAAAGAACCUUUCCUCUUGGUCCAAACCUCUACAAGGCACCCUCAAAGUGAAUGUAGAUGCUUCCUUCUCACAAAACCUAGGGUCUACAACUUUGGCCAUGGCCAUGGGCAACUUUGGCUUUGGCAAGACUUGGUUUUGUAUGGCCUUAUCUCCACUUAUGGCUAAGGGUACUGCUCUUCUUAAAGCUGUUAGGUUCAUGUUUGUUCCUAGGGACAACAAUUGGGUAGCAGAUUAGAUUGCCAGAUCCUCACUACAUGGCCACUGCCCCUCAUAUUGGGCACAUAGGCCUCCUAAUAUUUUACUUCACCUGCUAUCUGAGGAUGUAAAUUACACUUGGGCCCCGUUUGGUAUAGCGGUUUUGGGGUAACGGUUAGCGGUUUUACCUAAACCGCUAAAUAUAGGUGUUUGAUAAUU